CUCUUUUCCUCCUCGCCGCUCCGUCUCUUCUCGGUCUCCUCUUCCUCUUGCUCUCCCCUCCAACUCCCCUCACCGACCUCAUAGUAUCCAUACGCCUCUUGGGCGUUUUACUCGCCUCUUCCCUGUCAACGUCCCCUUUUUUUUUCUUCUCUUCUCUUGCAUGCCCUGCAGCAUUUCUCCACUCCUCGUCCUGGUCUUCCCGAUUCUGCGUCUCCAUCCUGCGUCUAUCUGCGGUCGACAGUACGGUCUACGGUACGGUCUACCGCCUGCAUCCCAUCCGCCUGGUUUCUCUCCUCGACUCUCAACACCUCCUCCUCUCCUCGCCGCCGCCCCCAAAUUCGCAAGGAAGGGCCUCGGACUUUUCAGUUCGCCUCGCUAGUUCUUUGCCCGACGAAUCACCAACCGCCUGGCAGUGACACCCCGAAAACAACCUUGACGCCCCUGCCACCCAUCAACCACCCACCCACCACCACCACCACCGAAUCAUCCAUCUCGCAAUGUCAUGGUGAUGCCACAUGUCGCUCUCCCCCGCCAUCCAUGUCGUUUUUCUUCCCGCCAUCUCUGACCCGCGCUACCGAAACCGACCUGACCCCUUUACCUCACGGAUACGUUACGCGGUCGAGACCGACACCGGGUAAUUACUUGUUCAACCGUUGCUGCCCUGCGGCGCCCUGUAGACGUGCCCGACCGCGACCGACGCUGCACCACCACACAAGGCAAACAAUACAGCACGAGACACUCUGUACUACACCACAAAUCACAAACCUCAUCACCAAACGGCAAAGCAACAGCGCCCCCUGACCGCUUCGACCCGAUAGACUAUACGUACGAAUAACAGAAAACGACUCAAUACCAAAGUCCGUCUUCUGUCCAGCGUCUCUUCUAUCCAUCGACCUGCCACCGACAGCCUCAUCCCCCGUCCUCUUCCUUUCCCAGCAGUCGACGCAAUCCUCGACGUCGCAACGCCCGCAUCCGUCCCUUAAACCUCAACCCAACAACGACACACGCGACCCAACGUACGUCCCAACUGCACCCGCUGCACCCGACGAACACCGAGACUCAACCCCCACACGACCCGGCCGUCGACGAAACGGCACCGACCGUCGCCAUCUCCCCCGACGACCGCCGCCGAAGCAUGUGCCAAUGGAUCCCCCCGAUCCCCUGCCGCUGCGUAUAACGCGGAGCGCCUCCUCAUCCUCGUCCCUCCACUUCAAACCCCGCGACCGGAAACUGCACCUGCUGGUCGCCGCCAACGGCCCCCGCGAUAUAUCAUGGGCCCAGACCCUCGUCGUCCGCCUCUCCAAGAGCUCCGCCAUCGACAUGCGCGCCAUCGUCGACGAUGCCGUUCCCCGCCUCACUCAGACCGUCAUCACCAUGCAGAACCGCUCCAUGACGCUGCCUCUGGGGCCUUCGCGCGCCGGCUCCGAGGCCGAUGUCGACGACAUCGAAUUCUACCGUCAGCAGGCCUUUGAGCUCGUCGAGUGGGCCGACCUGCUCGUCCUGGCCCCCAUCGACGCCGACAACAUGGCCAAGAUGAUGGCCGGCAUCGCCGAUACCUUUUUGCUCGAGGUCCUCAGGGGCUGGGACAUGACCAAGAAGAUUCUGCUCGUCCCCGGCAUGAGCACUCACAUGUGGGAGAACCCCGUCACGAAGCGGCAGCUCAACAAGAUCAAUGCAAAGUGGCCUUGGGUCCGCGCCAUGCCCCCCAUCCUGUGGCACUACGACGGCGCCCACAAGAACCCCAAGCGCAUCGUCAACUGGAACGGCUUCAACGACGUCCUGGGCAUCAUCAAGAACCAGGCCGACCUGCUCGGCCUGGGCCGCGACGUCGACGUCGUCACCCACCUCGGCUACCUCGCCUCAGGCGAUCCGCGCGUCUACUCCAACCUGCCCCCCGAGAUCUGGACCAUCAUCCUCGACUACGCCGGCGACUGGGAACUCGCCCAGGCCCUCGGCAUCUUCACCAACCUGCCCAUGCCGCACCCCUGGAAGCUGCAUCCGAGCGACCCCGACGACCCGCUCAAGGUCUACGAGCACGAGCUCGAGUGGCUCGUCCUCACCUGCGACUCGACUUCGGUCUGCAAAAAGCUGCUCCAGUCCCCACCCGCCUUCCACGAGCUUCCCGCCCUCGUCAUCAAAUUGCUAAUCCGCUUCUCGCUCAUCGAGGUGCUCGCCUGGAUGGAAGCCAACCGGCCCGACCUCUUUCAGGCCUUUGACGGCAAAGUCCUCUCCACCAAGGCCUCGGCCUACUUUGGCCGCCCCGACGUCCUCGACUACUGGAAAGAGAGCCGCUACUUCCGCGGCCGCCACCAGCAGUGCUACGACGCCGAGGCCCUCGACGGCGCAUCCAAGAACGGCUACAUCCAGGUCCUCGACUGGUGGUGGCGCCGCUCCGGCCUGCCUCUCCGCUUCACCGAGGCCGCCCUCGAGCAGGCCAGCGGAAAGGGCCAUCUUCUGGUGCUCGAGUGGUGGCGCGACGCCGCCUCCCAGGACGACACCAUCGUGCUGAGGCCCGGCAAAUCACUGCUGUGGGCGGCCCAGCACGGCCAGAUCGACGUCAUCCGCUGGUGGAUGGCAUCCGGCAUCCCCGUGGCCCACGGCGACGGCGUGGCCAAGAUCGCCUCGCGCUGGGGCCAGGUCGGUGUGCUCGAGCUCUGGCGGAAGCUCAAGGGCGACGACAAGCUCGCCUUUGACGGCGAGGUGCUCGUCCAGCCGACGAUUCACCAGCACAUUGGCGUCCUCGAGUGGUGGCGCAAGUUUGCGUACGGCGAGCUCGAGGGAAUGGAGGGGCGCAAGCACCGCGUCGAAUACCGGACGUGCGAUAUUGAAGAGGCCCUGGAGGACAGCAUCGGCGACCAGGAGCCGGUGCGAAGGUGGUGGGCCAGCAACGGGCUCAACCUGGGCCUGCGCAACGUCGAAUGGAUGAGGCCGAGAUAUCUGUAGGAGUGUACAUGAU